AUGGUCCAUGAACCCCUUCAGGGCUCCUGCUCGUGCGGCCGCAACGAGUAUACUAUUCAUAUCCCCGAGGAUGUAGCUGACCACGCGCACAUUUACUUUGAUACCGGUAGAGACAGCCGCCAGGUCCUCGCCUCGUGGCUUCGAGUCCCCCUCGACUGGUACCAAUCUCACACCCUGUCAUUCUUCCCGGACGAGACUCAUGCUUCCAUUCGCCGAGUAUUCACCCCCCCAAACGCACCUCAGACUCGUCGAAUUUUCUGUGGGUUCUGCGGAACGCCCUUGAGCUUCUGGACAGAGGCGCCCGACGAGGAAGCCGACUUCAUGUCCGUAUCUAUUGGAAGUCUAUCACGUGAGCACCAAAGAGCUCUAGAGGAUCUGGGUCUGCUUCCCGAUUUGGAGGAAGACGAGGAGGGAGAGGAGGCGGACGUGGAAGAAGAUGAGCCCAAAGCUAAGAUCGCGAAGACAUCAGCCACCGAGACGGCGCCUGAGCCUGAUGCCAGACCGUCAAAUAUCGUAAUUCCGUCUCGGCAGAAGUCAAACACCGUACGAACUCACCACCGUGGCGUUGUCGGUGGUAUUCCGUGGUUCGAGGAACUGGUGGAAGGUAGCCAACUUGGUCGUCUGAUUCGCCAACGUCGCGGAGUGGGAAUCAGCCCCGAUCAGUCUACAUCCAUUGAAUGGGAGAUUAGUGAGUGGCAGGGAGACGAUGUCGGAGGGGCGGUGGAUAGCAGCGACGAUUCGAAUGGCUUGACUACCGGAAAGAGGAAGCGAGAGCACGAGGCACACGCCAAGUCUUCGCCAAAGAGGCCAUAA